AUGCCACUCCACGGAGAAGCCAAGGCCAGAUCCCCUGCAGGUCAAAGUCGGCGAGUCAAGUGCUCCCGAGGGUCGGAGCCCUUGGCCGGCGGAGACUAUUGCCUAAGUCAGAACUCGCAGCUGAUGGAGCCUGGAGAUAUUGGCCGAGGUCAGAGCUCGCGAAUCGAUGGUGCCAUCCAGCUGAGGGCCUGCAUCGACACCACGGAGGCGUCCGGCAGCGAUAGUGGAGAGGUUGAUGUGGCAGUCAAUUGGGUCGCUGGCCGACGGAAGAGGACGGACCACAUAGAGUCUGAGAAUAAUCACGCUAACGGAGUUAGUACUUGCCUGGAGAGGAGGGUUGAAAUUGGCUCCACUGUUGGUGAGAAUAAUGCACACUUUGAUGUUGGUGACUGUUCAGGUAUGGUGUCAAUGUUUCUGUGGAACUCGUAUUGCCCAAGAUUCUUCAGGAGUCUUGAGGUUGGGUCAGUAAUAUUUGUGAAGCAGUACUCUGUGAAGGAUGCAUAUCAGAAGAGAAAGCAACCAGCUUCAUCCUACCCAGACUUAAAAAUCCAUGAUGAAAUAGAGAUUUCUUUGAACUCUUGGAAAUCAGCAGCUGAUAUCAAGGUUAUUCCACCAAGACAAAUUAAACCUGAGUGGAAACUUCCUGAAAUUAAGUAUCGGUUUAUUACAAGGGAUAGGCUUGACACUGCGUCUACUAGUUAUGUUUGUGAUGUCAUAGGCCUUGUCACUUUUGUUGGAAGAUGUGAAAGAAUCAGAAAAACAGAAGAUGGUGAUGAAUUUUGGGUUCGACGAUUUGUUGAAAUGGUGGAUGAAACUAGUGCAAAACCAUUUGUUCUGGAACUUUACUGCACAUCCCAACCAGAAAUUUACGAACGGCUUCACCCAGUUACUUUUUUGGUGUGCACUCAGAUGAGAGUUGUCAGAGAGAAAAUCAAUGGCAAUACCUAUCUGACUUCAUCUAAUAAGACUCAAAUUUUUAUCACAGGUUAUCACAAGGGAAGACCAUACACAACUGAUGCCACAGUCAAAAGGUUUCUUCAGUGGGCAAAAUCACAAUGUGAAAAAGAUUUUCUGAAAAAGUCUCUGGUUGGAGGAUAUUAUUCUUUUCCUCCACUCCCAUCAAGCUUCCAGGAGUGCAGUCAACAUAUUAAAGAGCUCAAUGUCACCACUAUGCACGAGUUAAAAGAGAAAAUAGAAGGUUUGCAUUACAGGGAGCAUAAACAUAUAGUCAUUCAAGGAAUUAUUACAUGUGUCAGAUAUAUUGUCCACUCUUCUUUUGUUGGAGGUGUAAUGCACAAGAAAUACUCUCAGCCUGCAAACACUAAAAAUACUGCCAAUGUGCGAACCAGUGAUUCGUCCACUAAAUAUAGAGAUAAUAUGGCUAAUAGCCAAGCAUCAGAACAGGAUUACUUCUAUAAUUUCCACAAGACAUCUCAAACUUUCAACCAAGUAUUAGACUCAGAGGAAGAAGUUAUAUCAUUUGGAAGAGAACAUUGCACUUUAAGUUCCACUUUGAAAAAUAAUGCUCCCGAUUCAAAUUUAUUGUCCAAUAGUGAAGAAACAGAGGAGGAAUAUUUUACUGCUGAUGAAGAUCACCCUGAAAUGGAUGAUGUUGCUAAACUCAAUCUCUUAGAUAACUCAUGGGAAAGUUCAAAGUGGUCUAAGAUUAAAGGACAUUUGAAAGAAUUUCUAUCAUUUGACCAACUACUUCUUGAAAGUUGUCCACAAAGGUUUGAGUAUGCAAAGAAGGAAGCAAUAAUGAGCCAGCAUAAUCUUCAUCCAUCAAGAUGUGACUCAUAUCUACUUGAUUCCAUCAGCAGUGUUGAGAAGCUCACAACGGCAAGGACACAUUGUUAUUAUACAUUGACCAUUAUUGAUCUAAAUCAGGAAAUUGCUAUGGAUGUUAUAUUUCUACCAUUGGGAAUUGACACGUGUUGCAAUAAUUCUGCAAGGAAUACCAAUUUUAUUUCCAUCCUUUCUGGUGAUUGUGUUUCAGAAGCUCCAACCUUAAAUGGAUCAGAAAUAGAAGGAAAGCACUUCCUGUGCAUUUUGGAUGUCUAUCAUCACGGGAACGAUCAAACAGAGGUUAUUUUAAGCAGAGCAUACAAAACAGAAUAGUUUAUUUGAAGCAAAAAAGGACAUUUCUCCAGCACUUGCCAAAUAUUUGCACAGCACAAUCUUUUUAAUGUAUGUGUUAAGGAUGACAAAAAAAAUGGAUGCUGCAAGUGAUGGAUUGAAACAAGUCUCUCCUUAUAAAUACUUUAAAAAUUGAAAACUGUUAAUACAUAUUUCAAUAGAUGUGUUAAUAAGUUUUGAAUUUGCCCUGAUAUCAUCAUCAAUAUAUUUUAACAGAUAAUUUAUAAAAUCAACAAAAGAUAUUUUGCCAAAUUACCAACCUUUUAAAUAUGAUAACACUUGUUGACUCUGCUUCUAUUUCUCCCAAUGCAUGCUCACCCAAAGGGCCCUUCUUCUCACAUCUGAAAGCACAAUCUGAGACCACAAUUAAGCUAAAUCCUGUGCUUUUUCAAAAAUCUAAUUUCAGUAUUCCGAACAUAAAUCUGAGUUAAUAUUUAUUCUUUCUCCCUGGAUGUUGUGGCUAGUUGUACCACCCUAGGUCCCAUAGAAUGAUGAUCAAUUCUAGAUCCUUCUGACCUUGUAAUUGUUGUUAAGUGUUUUUAAAUAUUUCUCAAACUUGAUGGAUGAUAAUUAUUAUUGAUUUCUAUAUGGUUUCAUGAAAUUUGCAAUUGAUUAUUUUUAUGUUUAUGUAUGUUUCUUAAAUUAUAGUUUUCAUACCAUGAAUAUCACAUAGAAGUUAAUAAACAUUAACUAUGGUACAUUAAAUAUUGUGAUAUCUGAAUUUGAUAAAUAUGAAAAUAUAAAUGUUCUAAGGAAUGUUAAUUGUCAUGGGUUAUGUUUACAUUUUUAAAUAUAAAUAAAUUGUUGUUACUUGGCACAGUGGCACAGUGGUAGAGUUGCUGCCUUACAGCAAAUGCAGCGCCAGAGACCCGGGCUUGAUCCCGACUACGGGUGCUGUCUGUACGGAGUUUGGGAGUUUGUACUUUCUCCCCGUGACCUGCGUGGUUUUCUUCCGAGAUCUUCGGUUUCCUCCCACACUCCAAAGACGUACGGGUUUGUAGGUUAAUUGGCUUAGUAAAUGUAAAAAUUGUUCCUAGUGGGUGUAGGACAGUACAGUGUUAAUGUGCGGGGAUUGCUGGUCGGCGCGGACCCGAUGGGCCAAACUGUUUCCGCGGUCUAAUUUUAAACAUUAGAAUUGUUAACUGUUAUUUGGGUUUUAUUCCACUUUUUUGCAAUGCAUGUAUGCUUUAAAUUAAAUAUAUUAAAAAAGAUAGGAUAUUUGUAUUUCUUGAUUUUUAUAAUGCGUUUUCUUUUCAAUAAUAUUUUUCCUUUUCAAAUGAUAUAAAAGAGGAAAAUAAUUGCAUGUAUCUUCUUUCUCACAAAACAAUGUAAUGUAAAGGAAAGUGAUCAACAUGAGAUUAUGUAAGAUUAUGUAGGAAGGAACUGCAGAUGCUGGUUUAAACCAAAGAUAGACACAAAAAGCUGGAGUAACACAGCAGGACAGUCAGUAUCUCUCCAGAGAUGCUGCCUGUCCCGCUGAGUUACUCCAGCAUUUUGUGUCUAUGAUGUAAGGCAGUUGUUUAUUAAGGGAGUGCAGUAUAUUGUUUAUUGUGUUAUGUGUUUUUGUAUGUAUCUUUUUUCUGUAAGUUAUUAAAUAGAUGAUAAUGCUGGAUUCUA